AUGCCUUUCCCCGAGACACUGAACAAGAAGCCGCGGGUGAUUUUCUUCACCGACUUCGACGGCACGAUCACGCUCCAAGACACCAACGAUUUCAUCACGGACAACUACGGGAUGGGCUACGAGCAGCGGCGCCAACUGUUCCACGCGGUGAUCAACCACACCGACACGUUCCGCAACACGUUCCAGAAGAUGCUGGACUCGUGGCACAUGCCGUUCCCGCGCGUGCUGGAGAUCCUGCGCGACAACAUCACGCUGGACCCGUACUUCAAGGAGUUCAUGGAGUGGGCGCGCGCGCACGACGUGCCCGUCAUCGUGCUGAGCAGCGGCAUGAUCCCCGUGCUCGAGACGCUGCUGAAGCACCUGCUCGGCGAAGAGCUGAUGGCCGACAUUGAGAUCGUCGCCAACGAGACCCAGCUGCGCGCCCCGGGCAACUCGCUCGACGUCGCCGAUGGCUGGACCAUCAAGUUCCACGACGACUCCGGCUUCGGCCACGACAAGAGCCUGACCAUCCGUCCCUAUGCCGACGCCAUUGCCAAGAUGCCCCUCGACGAGCGGCCCACGCUGCUGUACGCCGGUGACGGCGUCAGCGACUUGAGUGCGGCCAGGGAGACGGAUCUGCUGUUCGCCCGUGCGGGCCAGGAUCUCGUCACGUGGUGCGAGAAGGAAGGCAUCCCCUUCACCACGUUCGAGAACUGGAAGACCAUCCUCGACGAAACAAAGGAUAUCUAUGAAGGUCGGAAGACGGUCAAGAAACUCGCCGAGGAGGGUCUGAGGCGGUUCCGAACCAAUUCCUUCGAGGAGAACUCGCGCCUUCGACCGACUGUGAAAUGA